AUGAGGAAACCAUCCGCAUCAACUUCGAUAUACCCCGGGGAUCUUGCAGAUUGCAGUGGCUUGGAUGAGUGUCAUCCGUGUCCUGGGGCGAUGAGCUACCCACCAUCUCAUAAUGGUCAAUAUUCUCCGCAGUACCUGCAACAACAUCACAACCUCCAUCCGCCGCAGCAGACCGUCCAACCCCAACUUCUGUAUAACAAUGUGAACGCCGUCAACGCGAACGCGUCAGCGUCCGCAUACCAAUAUGGCAAACCCGCCGCCUUUCAUCAGGCAAGGAUACCGUCCUAUGACAAUUACGGUCAAAUGUACUCCCCGCAACAACAGCAUCAACCGCAGCUACAGCAACCGCCUCCCCCGCCGCAACAAGCACCUCCGCAAUAUGUGAACCCAUCCGAUAUCUUUCAACAACCGCUUCUCCCUUCACCGGCGCCAUCCUCUUUCAACACCCACUGCCCGCCUCAAUAUUCCGCACAGCAACCUGCAGCAGGCCCUGUCGCUAGCAACAAUCAUCCCCCAUCUCCAACUCUUACCACCUCUACUCCAAUCCAGCCCACGCCCUCAGCAUCAGCUUCAGCAUACAGCCCGAUGCCUAGCGCUAAGCAAUCAAACCACCAGGCCCCGAGCAAACCUUCUCAACCCGCACCACCACCUCCGACUCCCAAACCUGCGAUGAAGCAGAAGCCUGUUACAGCUACCCCGCCGAUUGCUCCGACACCGCCAGCAGCAGCACCGUCCCCAAAGCCAGUGCAGGUCUUGAUUCCGACGCCGUCUCCAGAUGUACAGCACAAGGUACAACAACAACGUGCGCCACCCAAGAAGCAAACGCAGAAGCAGCCAACGCAGCAAUCUGUGCGGACACCCGCAAAACCCGGUAUAGACUACCAAGUACUCUUGUUGGCGAUGGCAGAUGAAUAUCUCAAUGCGGCUCAUAGUCAAGGAACUACGGUGGCACUGUUAAAAAAGGAAAUGGAAUUGGAGGAGUAUUACAGGCUUGUCGCUACUGGCCUCGGCUGUCUCGAGGCCGUUUUAAAGAAUUGGAGGCUACAGCCACGUGUAGAGGCUUUGGUCCGACUAAGAUAUGCACGUAUUCUCUUCGAGGAGACAGAUAACGAUCUGGAAGCGGAGACGGCAUUAAGCAAAGGGAUUGAUCUGUGCGAGCGCGUGAGCUACCAAAAUUGCAUUAUAUGA